AUAAAUACACACGGUUGAUGUUAUUUAUAGAUUAUUUAACUGUCGUCUUUAAUAUGUAUAAACAUGAUAAAGUUGCAGUGUAUGUUAAACUUCUCUAGCUUCUACCAAUUAAAACAAUUAUUUGUUGUUCGACUGUGGAGUAGUGAUGAAGAACACAUAAAGUUAUGAGGAACCGAUCAAACCGGGUGGCCAAAGCUGAAAAGGAACAGUCAACGUUAAACGAAAACAAUGACGACGAAGUCGAAGACAAGUUCGUAUCUAGAACACCGCGUAAGCUUUUUGCAGAUUUGCAUAGACAAGCCAUCAAGCUAGGAUUAAAACCUGAAGACUUCCAACAGUUAAGUAGUGUAAACGAAAUUCAGAAAUCUAUUAACCGUGUAAACUAUUGUAGACUUUUUUUAACGAUUGCAUGUAUAGUUUUUGUCGCUAUAUUAUUUAUUUUUGUGACAGAAUGGCCAGUAUCUAACACCCAUGUAAUAGUGUGGUGGUUUCAAUGGUACAAAUCAGAUCCAUUGAAAGAACCAUGUGUUGUAUAUGUACCAGAGAGCGUAACAGAAAAUAUAAAACCACCGUUAAACUGCGAUUUUUGCAGAAAUGUUCACUAUGUAGACCAUAUUAAUAAUAUCAGUAUCAAAGAAUUUGAAAGUCAGUAUGCAUAUAGUGGAAUACCUAUUGUCAUUAGUGAUGGCACAAAAAAUUGGACAGCAUCAGAAUUUUUUAGUUACAACUUUAUGAAAGAAGUUUUUAGUCCUGGAAGUGAAGCACUGGACAAAGUAGAAAGAGAUUGUCAGUUUUUCCCGUACAAAACGGAUUUUACUUCUCUUGGAAAAGUGUUUGAAAUGAGCGAGGAAAGAGCUUUCAUGAAAGGCGAAGCAAUGCCGUGGUAUAUUGGAUGGAGCAACUGCGAUAAUUCAGCAGCAAAUAUAUUGAGACAACAUUAUACUAGGCCAUACUUUUUACCAGAGUUUUCAGAAUCUAGCAAAACUGACUGGAUAUUUAUGGGUAGUCCAGGCUAUGGGGCUCAUAUGCACAUUGAUCAUGUAGAUCUUCCGUCAUGGCAAGCUCAGAUUACUGGUAGAAAAAGGUGGCUUCUACAGCCCCCACGGGACUGCUAUUUUCAAUGUCCGCGACAGCUAGAAGUUAUUGUAAAUCAAGGAGAAAUAAUCGUUCUAGAUACAAACAAGUGGUAUCACUCUACGCUAAAUAUAGGAGAAAACAUCAGUAUAACAAUAGGAUCAGAAUAUGAUUAGAAACAAUCAUAUGGUUAACUAGAACAUGUUUUUCAGGAUACAUUCCUUAAAGUGAAUUUUUAGCAAAAGUUGUUCCUACAUGAAGAGUUACAGAAGUAAGGAGUUAUGUUGAAAAGAUUAGCUGUAUUUUUUUAAAUCUUGAAAACAAUAAUUUACUUGUGAAUGAUCUACACUAAACCUGAGUUCUCACUGGUGUGUGCAAAUAUGUCAUAAUCAUAAUGAGAGGUUACUUUUUCAUACAACCACCGUAUCUUUUUUUUUUUAUCAUAUUAAGGUAUGGUGCUGUUAUAACUGUCCUUCAGAUGAAUGUCUUUGUUGGCCUAUCCUUUUAAACCUUUAUGGCAAUGUUUAUUACAUAAUUAAAGGAUUACAGAACAGAAUUGAGUUUUGGGCUUCUGGUCAUUCUAUUUUUGAAACGUUUCCUCAAAACCUAUUGCAGUUUUAAAACUUCAUAUAAAAAAUAAACGUGUAACACUGGGAAAAAAAAGAGUUUAGUUUAAACAUAUUUUAUUUGCUUAAAUAUGCAAAAGGGAUGAGACACAAGUUAAUCAAACUUAUACAGUCUUCUCCCAAUACUGCAUCAAAAAGAGGCCGAAGCUACUAAGUGAACAUUCAAAAGUCGAAAAGAAACUGACAAUACCAUGACAAAAAACAAAAGACGAUAAAAAGACAAUUAAGUCCACAAAAACACUACAUAAAAACUAAACACUGAACAACAAGAAACCUACGAAAUACUGGGGAUGAUCAUACACAUAAGUGUUUACUGUUUGCGAUCUCUUGUGUAUCUGGUAUAGACAUAUACCCUACAUCACAUUUUAUUCAUAAGAUACCAAAAACUCAAUCUUUGUUAAUACUUUUCUGUUGUGGAUAAACAUUGUCUAGAAUACGUACUAUAUCAUUGACAUGGUGAUGAUUUACCUUUGAGUAUAUGACAAACUCUGAUAACUUAAAAUUGAAAAAUGAAAAUUUACUCAGUAGGAUUUGCACCUUUCAAUUCGAUAGACGGCUUGUGUGUUUAUCAUUUUACUUACACCAGUCCUUUUUACGCAUUCCAUUCAUUCAUUGUCAGAAAAAAAUGCAUGCUUUAUAUUACUUCGAAUUUAUUGUUGUCUGGUUUGACUCCUACAAAUACAUUGAUCUGCAAAUAACUGAUAUGUUAAAAGUCCAAGGCCGUAACUACCAUUGAGGCAAGUGAGGCAAUUGCCUCACUAAAAUUUCGACACUGAAUUUUUGUUUUGGUGUAUUUGUUUAUGGUAAUUAAGUACGAAAUAUAGUCAUUUGUUUUUUCUUUCUCAACCUUAAUUAUUUCUAUAACUUGAGUCACAUCGUUCCUUUUAAAUUGUUCUUCCCGGAUAUAACUCAGCAUCUCACCGGGUUUCUCGAUUACAUUAACCCUGUAACGGUAAUCAUCAUGGAUCUCUGGUUUAAAACAGGCUCUUGCAGAAUAAGGAAAAGCGAUACUAAAGGUGAGGAAGGAAUAGUUCUAGUAAACUAACUGAUGUUGUUUGUGAUUACAACAGGUGUUAAGAGUUCGAGUAUUGAAUAUAUUUUCAAUGGAACUAAUCCAAAAACUAUAAAUAGACGGACAAAUCAAGUACUGGGGCACCCGUACGGGAGCAGUCCUGUCUGCGUAUUCAUUUCCCCAACUUUAUUCGUUCUCUUUACAGAUAAACAAAAUAUAAAUAAUAUGAAACCUGCAUGGAUUAGUUUUUAUCCAUGUUUCUUUUACCUUAAAAUUUUUAAGAACUUCCCGUAAUCCAAUUUUGACAUUAUUGAGGGACGGUAGGACCUUUAAAACGGGAUUUCGUGUUUUCUAAUUCGGGACUACGGAAUUUCGUGUCUUUUAAUAUGGGAUUUCGGGAUCGGACCCCCUCCUACCCCUUCAUUAUUCGAUUCUCGAUCUAAAAUAUCAGUGACGAGUGUUUGCUGUGAACGUUCUUUUUCUGCCUCGAGACGACUGAAAACUUGGGAAAGAGCAUGCAUGAGUGGCGAGAGACUGUGGAGUCUUGCCAUGCUCCAUGUUCAUCUCGAUAAGGAUGUCAGCAGACCAAAUAUUCUGAAACGAUUUGACGAAACCGGCCAUAGAAAAAUUGACAAACUCCAAUUUGAAUAACAAUUGCUACUGAGUCCAUGUUUGUUCUGUGUUCUGGUGGCAGACUCAAAUUGAUAUUUGGAUGUUUAUCUGACAUAUAAAUUUAGAUAAAGUUGAUAAAAAUUUGGUGUUAGUACAUGUCUUAAAAUAUGAAAAAUAUAUAAAAAGUGUCCAAAAAUAAAAACGAUGUCAAGCUCUCUGUAAAUGCCCAGAAUGCAGGAUUUUACACCAUCUAUCCCAGUCCCCUGCCAAAAUUUUUCGCCUCGCUUCGCUCGGCUCAAUUUUUUUAACCUCGCUCCGCUCGGCUAUGAGUUCUGCCUCACUAAAAUAAUAUGCCUAGUUACGGCCUUGAAGUCGGCUUAAUAGAAGGAAGAAUUCUAAAACAGUGGUUGAUUUACUCGUGGAAAAUUAGUUAAAGUUUUCAAUAAUGUAAUUCAUUUGCUUUAAUGUUAAGCAAUGAAUGAAUAGAAAAAAAAUUAGUAAAAUUUGAAGACAUUUGGUGUUAUAUAUUUGAUUAGCUUUCUAUCAUUUAUGUAUUGUAUCGAGAUGACACAAGUACUGUGAUUUUAUAUACAUUUUCCUUUGGGGUUUUUAAAAAUGUAUUACAAAUCUAAAGAAUAGAUUUUUUUUUAUAAUAAUAUUUAUAGACUGUAAUUAUGUAGUAUGUAUUUUUAUGCAAUAUAUAUGUGUAGAUUCGUCCAAAUAAAGAAAAAAACAUA